AUGCUCCCCUCCACCACCACUUCGUCGUCUCCAGAGCAAGUCGUCGCAUCCCCUCGCGCUUCCGCGACGCUGUCGCUCUCUCCUCCUCUUCUACGCCACGAGAGCGCCCCUUUAGACCCCCAUACUGUCUCCACGUCCGCACUCCAAGUUGCUCAUGUCCCCUAUUCGCUCUACACUGCGUCGCGCGUUGCACUGGCCGAGACGUCGCCCAGCCUCUCUCGCUUCGCUCCGUUCGAAGAAAGUUACGAGUCGAUGAACGAUCUGCGACGUGCGCUGAAAGUUCUUUCGGUGCAGAAAAAGGCCCCUUACUACAUGCAGCAUAGCAGUCCCCAGCGGAUGGAAGCUCGUUGUCCGUCAUGGAGACACCGCAGACGGCACGUGGACAAAACCAGGUGCUCGGGAGACGAUACGAAAGCCAGGCCUGCCGUGUGUGACUUUGUCGUGUCGGCCAAUCGCCACGCGAAUGGGCGCGUGUACGUCACUCGAGCUGUGAUUACUCACUCGUCCAUGUGUUCAGUGGUCCACGCGGGACUUGCAGCCAACCAUAUGGAGCCUGAAGCCGGGGCAGAAACAGCGGACACGGGACACACAGCAGCUGUCACGGCGUCGGCGUUGAUGGAGACUGCACUGCCGUUUAUGGGCCAAUUGGCCACGAUCAGAGGGAGUCGAGAUGCUGUGAAGCCGAAAGAUGUGAGUGACAUUAUGAAGGAAAAAUUUGGCGUCAAGCCGUCCUAUAUGACAGCGUGGAGAGCACUAGGUGCGUUCCGGAAACAACGGAAGGACGAGGACUCGUUGUCAUAUAUGAAGCUGCAGGGAUACUUGCAAGCAUUUGCCGAGACGAAUGUGGGAAGCGUAGUGGCAUUUGAACAUCAAGAGCAUGUGCAAGUCGCGCCGCCAGCUGACUUAGAAAGAAAGCUGUUUGCUCGUGCUUUCUUGUGUCCGAAGCCACUGCAUGAUGCUUUGAGGUAUUGUCGUGGAUCGAUGCUGCUGAGUGUUUUCUUGGUGACGUGUGCUUUUGGAGGAGUCGUGUUUAUGGCGACAGCACAAGAUGCCGUGGGGGACAAUGUGCCCGUGGCUAUUGGUCUUGCCUUGGUUGAGACAGAGACUGAAUGGCGCUUUUUUCUCGAACAGCUGCGGCGGGCUUUCCCUGACUUGAAGCGUCAUGUCACGUCACUUGUGCACAAUCGUGGCGAUUUUUUAUCACGAGCUAUUCAUUGUGUGUUCCCCAGCUGCUUACAAUCCGACAAAGUCGAGACGUUUAUUCGCACCACCGGACCAGGCGUUGAUGAUGCCUCUAUGCCACCUUCUAGCACCUCAAUCUCUUCUGAGCUGGGUAGCUCGACAUCGGAUUUGGAUUCUUCCAUGAAGUGGAUGGAAGCACUAUGCAAUAAAGUUCCGCUGAUGAUUCUCGUCAGUUGGGUCUCUCAGGUAGCACGAAUGCUUUUUCAGCGCUAUGAGCGCUAUGGGCACCUGGGCUCAGAGUAUCCCACCGACUAUCACUCGAUUGCGGCAGAGUACGAAAGUCAGUCGUUUCGUUAUGAUGUGGUGCGCACGUCCGAGAGUGAGUUUGAGAUUAUCGACCAGCAGACUAGCGCCGGUCGGGUGGUCAACUUUGCGAAGCAGUCGUGCACGUGUGGCGAGUACGAUGUUUCUCGCUUUCCGUGCUUGCACGUAUUUCUUGCCGUGAAUCACGCGGGUAUGCGUCAGACGGACGUAAUCCCGCGCAUUUUUCUCAUGACAUCGCUCAAGACGCUCUAUGCUGGACGUAUAACUCCAAUCGAUAUUAGCAAUGUGGCUUCCGACGGGGUAACAAUUCCGCAGCCGGUGCCUAAGACGCGUGGCCGUCCGCGCAAGGUGCAUCAAAUUCAGCAAGCUAGUGGUCCGAAGGUAGAGAAACUUUCGUGCAGUCUUUGCGGUAUCAAAGGGCACAAUAAGCGCACUUGCAAGCGUGCAACCACUAUACCUGUUCCGGUCGCUCAUGCUGCUGGUGAUUGUGAGAUGCAGACAAGCAAUUCGGUCAAUGCUCAAGAUGAGACCUUGUUUCUUGAGUCAUCAUAUGGCGAUACUGUCACUUUUGACAACAGAGCGCUAGAGGAUGAUGGAUUGCAUAGUCAUGACAGUGACAGUCGGACUCUCUUUUCAAGCUCAGGCAAGCGCCGACGGCUGACUGGCUGUGACGGAGCAGUGGAAAGGAAUGGUGAUGGGAUUGAGGACGGGGAAACGUCUGGUGUUGCGUUGGUUUAG